AAACGUUUAUUCGGUGCCUGCAAUGCUUGAAAUUAUUUUAUUUUACCAGUUUAAUAGCCUUCUCAGUUAAUGCAGAUAAAAUUUUAAAAUGUAGAAACGGAUAAAAAUUAUGGAAGAUUUAUAGUUCAAAGAAGGAAAAUCGUAAGUAAAGGUUUUUGAACAAUUCCCAAUCAAUAUGGCGCAUGUUGAUAUGAUAAAUUGACAGCUGUGUUUUGUCUUUGUGCGGACGUUGUAAUGUUUAUUUUACAUCUCCAGACUAAUAAAGUUAAACUUGAACAAUGACGAGACCGUUUGGUAACAGUGACAAACGUUUUUCGAUCGACGACGCCUUUGAGGAGGAGACAGAUGAAGCUAUAAAAGUGUAUGGAGCGACGGGUGACCGUUCGCCUUUACAGAACAAAUACAAGAAUGGGGGUGAUUUUAUAUCGAGUAAAACAUACAAAUGCACCGAAGACACGACGUCCCGUGACUCAGAUUCACUUAUACACGAGUAUGUGGAAGCAACACAAUCCAUGUACUGCUGGAACCAUCCCAAAGUCCGCGAAAACUGGAAGACGGUGUGCGCUGCUGUAGUGCUCCUUAUCGUUGGAGUAGGCCUCUUGGGAAUGGGCGCUUUUGCUGUCGCCGAACCAGAAAACGGAUUGCAGGGUGCAGUCUUUUUCGUCGCAGGUAUGAUUUGCUUUGUUCCCGGAGCAUACCACGUUGUUUACAUAUGGCUGGCAGCUAGAGGCCAACGAGGGUACGACUUCUACCACCUCCCUCUUUUCACCUGAUUUGUCUAGUGGUUUAACUAUUUAUUAAGCAAUGGAGAUGUAAAAUGAAGGAAAUAUAAAAAUUAAAAGAGGAGUAAGAAUAUCAAACCUGAACGUUGAUUGGUGCUGGCAUCCAAUAGUUUGCUCUCUAAUUAA